AUGGCCAAAUCCGCUGAAGAUCUGGCUUUGUUGAUGGACGUUCUGGUUGAAGGGGAGAAUUACACACAGAAGCUCGUGAAAAGCUGGAACGGGAUGAGGAUUGGAUUUGUUGAUGACAAAUUGUGGAGUUUUGUUGACUUCAUAUGCACUGCUGAUCCAGACCUCAUCGCUCAGCAGCGAGCUGACUACAGGAAUGUGAAGACUAGACUUCGAGAUGCUGGGGUGAUGGUUCAGGAAGACGUCCCUUUCCCUUCAAUGGAUGACCUGAACUACAAUGGCGAGGAUGCUCUUGAACAAUUGUGGAACCAUGAUUUCGCUGCUGAGUGGGCUGCGUACUUGGAGUUCUUCGACAAACCCCAAAUUCGAAGCAUUGCAGAUAUGGUAGAAUUCAACAAUCAGAAUGCCGACAAGGAGCUACCAUCACAAUAUCCAGGUCAACAACUUCUUGAGCUUAGUCUCAAAGACAAAAUGACAGAAACACAAUACAAAGAGGCAUUCGAGUUGGUCCGGCUCGCAGCAAAGACUAAUGGGGUGGAUAAGACACUAGCAGAUUUCGACUUGGAUGUGAUUGUGGGCCCUAUGGAUGGUCGGAUCCCGACUAUUGCCGCAGCUGCCGGGUGCCCAGUAGGGACCGUUCCGCUUGGGUAUUCUCCAACGAAUGGGCGUCCAUACGGGCUAGCAAUUGUUGCUGCUGCUGGGAAGGAUGAUCAUAUAAUAAAGUUCAUGAGCGCCUGGGAUGCAACGAUGCCAAAACGCAAACCUCCCCCUCAGAUGGUUGAAUGGGCUGAAACGCUUUCUUCAAAGGUCUAG